GAGCGCAAGGCUCGGGCAGCGGGGAGGUGCCGGCGUGGGCGGGGCGCCACGGCUCUCGCCCUGAUUCGCGCGGGGAUUGGACGGCCCGCGGCUUCCUUGCCUCUAGCCAAUCACCGGGCUGAACUUCCUGGAGGUUUUGGUGCGCUCCGGCGUCGCUCGGGAGGUCGGCGAGUGCUGCGCGGUGGCCCGUGGCUGCAGGCCUAGCUGCACCCUAUCAUGAAGCUCCGGAAAGCUUGGCUGCUGCUCCUGCUCUUGGCGCUGACGCAGCUGCUGGCUGCUGCGAGCGCCGGAGAUGCGCACGAAGAUGAUGCUUCAGAUACAGAAAAUCCCAUUGAGGAUAACGAGGAGGAGGAGGAGGAGGAAGAUGAAGAAGAUGAAGAUGACUUGGAAGUUAAAGAAGAAAACGGUGUUUGGGUCCUAAAUGAUGGAAACUUUGAUAACUUUGUGGCUGACAAAGAUACAGUGCUACUGGAGUUCUAUGCACCAUGGUGUGGACACUGCAAGCAGUUUGCUCCAGAAUAUGAGAAAAUUGCCAGUACUUUGAAGGAUAAUGAUCCUCCCAUUGCUGUUGCGAAGAUUGAUGCAACCUCAGCAUCCAUGUUGGCCAGCAAAUUUGAUGUGAGUGGCUAUCCCACCAUCAAGAUCCUGAAGAAGGGACAGGCUGUCGACUACGACGGCUCCAGGACCCAGGAAGAAAUUGUUGCCAAAGUCAGAGAAGUUUCCCAGCCUGAUUGGACACCUCCACCUGAAGUCACUCUUUCAUUGACUAAAGAUAACUUUGAUGAUGUCGUAAAUAACGCAGACAUCAUUUUGGUGGAAUUCUAUGCCCCAUGGUGUGGGCACUGCAAGAAGCUUGCCCCUGAGUAUGAGAAAGCUGCCAAGGAGCUGAGCAAGCGCUCCCCCCCAAUUCCCUUAGCCAAAGUGGAUGCCACCGAACAGACAGACCUGGCUAAGAGGUUCGAUGUCUCUGGCUACCCUACUUUGAAAAUUUUCCGCAAAGGAAGGCCUUUUGACUACAAUGGCCCAAGAGAGAAAUACGGAAUUGUUGACUACAUGGUCGAGCAGUCCGGGCCUCCCUCAAAGGAGGUCCUGACCCUGAAGCGGGUGCAGGAGUUCCUGAAGGAUGGGGAUGACGUAGUCAUCAUUGGGGUCUUUCAGGGAGACGGUGACCCGGCCUACUUGCAGUAUCAGGAUGCUGCUAACAACCUGCGAGAAGAUUACAAGUUUCACCACACUUUCAGCCCUGAAAUCGCCAAGUUCCUGAAAGUCUCCCAGGGGACGCUGGUGUUGAUGCAGCCUGAGAAGUUCCAGUCCAAGCAUGAGCCCAGGGUCCGCCUGAUGGACAUUCAGGGCUCCACAGAAGCAUCAGCCAUUAAGGACUAUGUGGUGAAACACGCCUUGCCCCUGGUGGGCCAUAGAAAGACUUCGAAUGAUGCUAAGCGAUACAGCAAGCGCCCCCUGGUGGUUGUAUACUACAGCGUGGACUUCAGCUUUGAUUACAGAGCUGCUACUCAGUUUUGGCGUAACAAAGUCCUGGAGGUGGCCAAGGACUUCCCUGAGUACACCUUCGCCAUUGCUGACGAGGAAGACUAUGCCACGGAGGUGAAGGACCUGGGACUCAGUGAGAGUGGAGAGGAUGUCAACGUGGCCAUCCUGGAUGAGAGUGGGAAGAGGUUUGCCAUGGAGCCAGAGGAGUUUGAUUCAGAUGUUCUCCGGGAAUUUGUCACAGCUUUUAAAAAAGGAAAACUAAAGCCAGUCAUCAAAUCACAGCCAGUACCCAAGAACAACAAGGGGCCAGUCAAGGUGGUGGUGGGGAAGACCUUUGACGCCAUUGUGAUGGACCCCAAAAAGGACGUCCUGAUUGAAUUCUAUGCGCCCUGGUGUGGGCACUGCAAGCAGCUGGAGCCUGUCUACACCAACCUAGGCAAGAAGUACAAGGGCCAGAAGGACUUGGUCAUCGCCAAGAUGGAUGCUACUGCCAAUGACAUCACCAACGACCGAUACAAGGUGGAGGGUUUCCCCACCAUCUAUUUUGCCCCCAGUGGGGACAAAAAGAACCCAAUUAAAUUUGAAGGUGGCGACAGAGAUCUGGAGCAUUUGAGCAAGUUUAUAGAUGAACAUGCCACAAAGAGGAGCAGGACCAAGGAAGAGCUUUAAUGGCCUGGCCGUCCGUCCGUCCGUCCGUCCGUCUGCAGGAGGUGGGGGACCAGGCACUGUAGUGCGCUCAGCACUGGCCACCAGCGAAAUGGCCGGAUCUUGACUUUUUUUUUAUGUUUUGUUAAUGCCACCUCAAGCUCUGAAUACUGAAUCGCCAUGAAUGACUUGAUAGUUUAGAUCAGAUUUUUAUGGAGGAUAUGUCUUAUUUUUAUCAUUUUGGGUCUUUUUUCUUUUUUCUUUUUUUUUUUUUAACUAUUUACUUUAGUAUUUCUUCAAACAAGUUUUGGAUCUUCUGUUUAAGAAUCUUCCCCUUUUUUUUAAUUUAAAGUUUAAAAAGUCUUUGCCAAACCA